AUGCUUAAAAACGAAUCCCACCUGGAUGAUGAAACUCUGGCAAUGCUCCAGAAUAAAGCUAUCUCCAUCACCCUCCCAGUUGUGUAUACACUGGUGGCUAUGAUCAGUAUCCCUGGCAACUUGUUCUCCCUUUGGGUGCUGUGCUGGCACAUCAAACCCAAAACACCUUCUGUUAUCUUCAUGAUCAACCUAAGCAUCACAGAUCUCAUGCUGGCCAGCUGCUUUCCCUUCCAGAUUUCUUAUCACAUCCAAAGCAAUCACUGGAGCUUUGGCAAGACUCUUUGCAGCCUUGUGACCGUGAUGUUCUACUCCAACAUGUAUUCUUCCAUACUGACCAUGACCUGUAUCAGCAUCGAGCGGUACAUGGGUGUGGUAUAUCCCAUGAAGUUGAUCAAGUGGCGAAGAAAAAGAUACGCCCUGGCUGCCUGCCUAGGUAUGUGGAUUUUCUUGCUGCUGGCCUUCUACCCACUAGAAAGCACAGAUCUGACCUACGAAGUGAAAGAAUUGGGGAUUAUAACCUGUUUUGACGUCCUCAAAUGGGAUAUGCUGCCCAACUUCACGGCCUGGGUAGCCUUUCUCCUCACGCUAUUUGUCGUGCUCUUCCUCAUUCCUUUUGUUGUAACAGUUGGAUGCUAUAUUGGCAUCAUUCGGAAGCUUAUUCAGACAUCAAACAGAUACGGUAACAGGCAGAAGACUAGAUCCAUAUACCUGGCGAUGAUAGUCCUUCUGGUUUUCAUCACUUGCUUCGCCCCCAAUAACUUUAUCCUACUUGCGCAUAUGAUCAUCCGCCUAUUUUACGGCAGGAGUUUGUACCCUGCCUACAAGCUCACCUUGUGCCUCAGUUGCCUCAACAACUGCAUAGAUCCCUUCAUUUAUUAUUUUGCAUCCAAAGAAUUUUACCAGAAAUUCAUGCAAGUGUUUCGCCCUAAGGUACUGCUCAGUGACAGUUUGGAAACCAGAAGAGAAAGCUUAUUCUCUGGCAGGACCAUGUCAGCCAGGUCGAUGUCAAGUGGACCUAUGGAUGGGUUAGAGGGAGUAAAGGUCUAUUUGCAAAGGCAGGAAAGUGUUUUUUAGCCUUCGACAUCCCCAGA